AUGCGCAUCGAUGACCUGAAUCAGCUGGAACUCGAUAACAAAGUGCCCCCGGAAUCAUCCUGGCAUAACGACUACAAUGACACUCCAUACGUAUACGUAAGUGGGUUUCCCAAAGAGAUGACUGAGGGCGAUCUUGUCAUUCUAUUUUCGCAGUACGGAACCCCAACGCAUGUGGUUAUAGUCCGCGAUAAAGCAACUGGCAGAUCGAAAGGGUACGGGUUCCUCAGGUAUGAAGAUCAACGGUCGACUGUGCUCGCCAUCGACAAUUUCAACGGCAUUAGAAUUCUUGGCAACACGCUUAAGGUAGAUCAUGCGAGGUACAAGCAUAAGCCAGAUGAAUCAAUUCCUCCUCUCCAUGUGCUCUAUGAUGACCCGUCCUUGAAGGAUGUUCUAUAA